AUGGUGGCUUUGAAGAAGCUUUUUCAAGCUGAGCGCGCGCCAUCGCGCCCAUCAACCGGUGCUGGGUUCAAUGGAAUGGAGUCAGAAGACCCAUACUUUGGCACCGUCGAAUCACCCACCCGAAAUAAGUUCCAAAAUCUCUUGUCCGCCGGUCCUCCAUCACCAGCAAUUCCAUCACCAGGCUUGAGAGCGUUUCAAGCACAAGAUGUGGCACAUCACUUCGAUCAGAUUGAGAAACAGUUUGAGGAUCUACAUCAGCAUCUAAGUGAACGACCAGUAUCUUCUCAAUCGCAGUGCCCGCCACCCGUACCAAAUCGUUUUGUUCGCAAGGAUCCCAAUGCUCGGCAUAUCGAUCUCAUGGAAGCUAUUGCUCCCCCAGAACAAGCCACCGAUAGCAACUCCCCAGUCGCAUCGCCUCCUACUAGUCCAUAUAACGAAGAUGUUGCCGAACGGAACAUGACCAGAUUUCUUCGUAUUCAGUAUCGAAGCGGAUUUGCAAGCUCCCGGAUAUUGUCCGCCCUAUAUCAGGAGGAUGUUGCAGACAGGAAUAUCGCAAAAUACAGUGGCGCAUCACGCUCGCUCUCAUCAUUAAGCUGCCGCUCUUCCCCUCCCGCUCCUGGGAGAGUACGCAACCUCAGCCGCGAUGGACAAAGAAAACGCAAUGCCAGAAAAUCCAAUUGGACUUCAGAUGGAGAUUUGCGUGCUCGAUCUGCCUCGCCGAACAGUGCGUUCGGUGCUUCUUCGCGAAAUUCGCAGGCAAGCAGUCUACUUCGCCAACAAAGAUCAGCGCCGAGUCUGUUUCCUGACGAGGAUGGAGAUGAGGCACAACCUCCUGUCAUACAGCGCUUGGGCGUUCCUCCAGCUCAUAAGCAAGGCAAGCGAUGGAGUAACACUCCUUUGCCAGAUAGUCCCACACUACCAACGCCCAUUAGUGACGGUGGUAGCGCCAGUGAGAACCGUAUGGACAGCUCCCCAGCACUCCGAGCUCCAAUUACGACGACCCGAAGUUCAUCCUUGACUUCAACAUCAAAGUCCCCGCCCUCUUCCUCUGGCUCAGCUUCUCGGAAGAACGUGCGAGAUCUAUCCAUCAAUACCGACCUAGCCGCCCAAGGCAGGCCGAAAAUUGCCCACCGCGCUAUCCAGCCCCCCACACCCUCAACUCAUGAGAUGAAGCGGGCUCCAAGCAUUGCAGAGGUUAUGCAUAGUCCUUUGCGUGCGCCAACCCCUCCACAGCCCUCCCCUCGGUUCAAAGUCUCGGAGAUGAUGGACCUGUUCAACAAGGCUUACAUGUCUACACAAGCCAUUAGCCCCCACCCUACGUACGAGAGUUUGCAGGAUGCCAUUGUCCGAGAAAUCAACUCUCACGAGGCCUUCAAUAAGGUUCCUCUGCCUGCUGCUGGUCCCCCUUUCACUCCUUCUCCGACUCAGGAAACAUUCGAUCGCCGUCCCUGGUCCGCUCACCCAGGAUUGAGCCGCAGUGCCUCUGCCGCGUCAAUUUCCAAAAUCAUGAGGAAGAGCUCCUUCCGGAAACACAAGCGAAAUGCCGACUCCCGCCAGAGCAUCUCCACAACCAUUUUCCGCAAAGCCUCUUCCUCUCCGUCUCGCCGGCGGCAUACCGAUGCCCCAAUCCCAUCCCCGGGUCUCCUCGCCGACAUCAAACAAUCGCAGGAAACUGCCUCGCCAGAGCAGUUGACUUACAUGGACGUGCUGUAUCGCGCUACCAACGACAAACCCGGAACGUCCAGCUCCAAACGCCCUCAAUCCUCGCGGAAGCGCGGACGCUCGGACUCUACCUCCAAUCUCUCCGCGAUCAUUCGUGCCAAUGCAGAGAUGCCUCAUACCCCAGGUCCCAUUGGUGCCAUCUACUGCAUGCAGGCACAUUCCAACUCGUCCAAAGAUAGCCAGAACACUGGCUCGCACGAAGACAGCGACGACGACAUUAUCCACCUCCCCAGCGUUGCCGCGCCGCCCCCACGUGUACAAAUCGAUGCCGUCGAUGAUAACAACGUGCGCUACGUGAUUGACUCUGCGACCGCAACUGAUGCCCAAAGACUCAUGAGCUGGCCCCAGCGCUCCCGCCGCAACAAAUCGCCUGUACCUACCUCGACACCGUGUGACAACAGCUUGUCCCCGCUGUCCCACGCUCGAAUGCAGCUUCGCGGCAAUCGCUCCGUCGAGACCUACUGA